AUGAAGAAAUAUCAGGGCAGAUGGACAAAGGUCUACAAAAAGAGCCGAUCAUCUGACCUGUCAAAACAUAAGCGCAGUCACAAUGGGGAGAAACCAUGGAAAUGUGGGGAUUGUGGGAAGGGAUUCAAUUACCCUUCCCUGCUGGAAAUUCAUAGGCGCAGUCAUACUGGAGAGAAGCCAUUCACCUGUUCCAAGUGCUGGAAGGGAUUCACUCGGUUGUCCCACCUGUUGACUCACAAGCGAGUUCACACUGGGGAAAGACCUUUCACCUGCUCUGAGUGUGGGAAGGGAUUUACAGAUUCAUCCAACCUGCUGACACACCAGCGAGUUCACACUGAGGAGAGACCUUUUAAAUGUCCAGACUGUGGGAAAUGCUGCAUAAGUUCUGGGAAUCUGAUGUCCCAUCAACGUCUUCAAACUGACGAGAGACCGUUCAGGUGCUCUCACUGUGGGACCGGGUUCAGAUGGUCAUCUCACCUCACUGAACACCAGCGCAGUCACACUGGGGAGAGGCCGUUCACCUGCUCAGAAUGUGGGAAGGAAUUCACUCAGUCAUCCCACCUGCUGACACAGCAGCGAGUUUACACUGGGGAGAGACCGUUCACCUGCUCCAAUUGUGGGAAGGGAUUCACUCAGUCAUCCCACCUGCUGAGACACCAGCGGGUUCACAAGUAACUACAGUGAUUGGAUGUUGUUGUGAAAUUCCAUCCGGGACUAACCAUGUUCAUUUGGGGCUGUUUCUGCUGAUGUUAGUAAACUACAGCCCAGUUAUAGUGGUUGAUAUUCUGGAUAAAAGUCAGAUAAAUCAGCUUUAUGUUCAACUCACCAUGUGUCAAGUCUU